CUUACUCUAGGUUUCAAGGGCGGUUUCCUGUUACUUGAUUCUCUCAUUCUCGUAAGCAUAUUCCUUUUUCUCUGUGUAAUUUGAAGGGUUAGGGUUCAUUUGAAGGGAAUCACGAAUCAGUAAUGGAGGAGAUAACUGAGGGAGUCAACAACAUUAACAUCGCCAGCGGUGACCUUCAGAAGAAGAACCGUAUUCAGGUCUCCAACACUAAGAAACCCCUCUUCUUCUAUGUCAAUCUUGCCAAGAGGUAUAUGCAGCAGCACAAUGAGGUGGAGCUUUCUGGUCUUGGAAUGGCUAUUGCCACUGUAGUCUCAGUAACUGAAAUUCUGAAGAACAAUGGAUUGGCUGUUGAAAAGAAGAUCAUGACAUCUACUGUUGAUGUUCGAGAUGAUUCAAGAGGGCGGCCAAUCACAAAAGCCAAAAUUGAGAUAGUGCUGGGGAAGAGUGAAAAAUUCGAUGAAACAAUUGCAGCAGCUGCUGAGAAGGACCAAGCUGGUGAUGAACUGAGUUAAACAUCAUUCCCACCGACAUCAUCUUCCUUAAUUUUUCUUCUCAAGUCAAGUUUUUGGCUUAAUGUUUUUCGUUGCUAAUACCAUGAACGUGUUGCUCUUAGAAUUGCUAAAAUGAACAUAACCAUCGUUAUGAAAAAUGCAAUUUUGUUUACUUGACA